AUAAUAUACAAGUUUCACGUUUUUGCUGACAUGCUACAUUCAGAAGAAGAGGAGUAGGAGGAGGUAAUGAAAUAAAGGCGUGGGUUUGGUUGUUCUGAAAGAGGGAGUUUCCUGCAUUUGCAGAAACUCCAGAAGUGGGUUGAAGUUGAACACACAGUCAUGGAUUUGGUAGAGCCAAUCCUGGCCAUAGCAGAUAAAUUAUAUGAGCUUUGUGGUGUGGUUAAAGCCAACAAGAAGCGCUGCAAGCGUCUGGCUGAGCGUGUGUUUGCAUUGAUUGAGCUGGUCAAAGUUGUGAAGGUUCGUGGUUUGGGCAAAUCUCCAGAUCCAGUAAAAAGGGGCUUGCUAGAGCUUAAAUUAACUUUGGAGUCGGCCGAAAAAGUUGUGAAGAAUUAUGCCUCAUCCAGCUGCAUGAAACGCAUUGUGAAGGCAUUUGAUCUUGGUGAGGAGUUUGGGACCUUGAAUGACCGUCUGAACGAUGCGUCACGGCAGCUGUCACUGGCUCUGCAAGUGGAACAGAGAGCCAGGAUGGAUAAGUUAUUCGAAGAGGAGAGAAGGAAAAAAGAGGAUGAAGAUGACAAAAAUUGUGACUAUGAGGAGCUCCGUAUUUUGCUUCAGUCUUUGGUGGAUGAGAAGGAAAAGACUAAAGUGACUGUGGAUGCCGUGCAAACAACACUUGAACAAACUCAGAAAGAUGUUCAGGACAUUAGAGGCAUACUGGAAUCUUUGAGAAGACCCAGCAUACAUUUACAGGACAUUAGAGAGAUCAGACCUGAGGAGCUGUCCUAUAGCAUUCCCAUUCAGCCAAUCAUGACGUCUGAGAAUUCUGAAUUGUUCAAAGGAGAAUAUAACAAGUUCACUGUGGCUAUCAAGAGAUAUGCCUAUCCAGUGAGCACCAGUCCACAACAAUUGAGGAGCAUUUUUAAUAAGGAAGUGGAUACUAUGAAACGCUUUGAGUCACCCCACAUCCUGAGGAUGUUUGGGAUCUGUGUCCAGAAUGAGCAUGGAACAAAUCCAACCUAUCUCAUUGUGAUGGAGUUCUGUGAGAAGGGCAGUAUAAGACAGGUUCUCGACAGUCCCAGCAGACUACCCUGGGACCGAAAAAUUCGCAUGUGUCUAGAUGCAGCACAUGGACUAUACAGGCUGCAUCAGUCAGAAGAGAAGUUUAAGGUACAUGGCUGCAUCACUAGCAGCAAGUUUCUAGUGGCAGCUGGCUAUAGAGUAAAGCUUGGAGGAUUUGAACUGGCAAAAACAGAAAUAUCCCUAAAGAACUGUAAGGAGGAUAAAAAAAGCUCGAUGAUGUACGUUUCUCCACAGCAGCUGCAAGACAUAAAUUAUCAGUAUGACAAAGCCUGUGAAAUCUACAGUUUCGGUAUUGUUCUGUGGGAGAUUGCAACACGACAAAUCCCUUUUAAAGAUUGCCCUACGUAUAGUAAAAUUUAUAAUAAGGUAUGUGUGGAAAAGAUAAUGGAGCCUCUGCCAGAUGAUUGUCCCAGGCAGUUCAAGGACUUGAUUGAUGCCUGCCGAUCAUUUGACCCGUUCCAGAGGCCUUCUGCUGGAGUGUUGGUGGACAAGCUCUGUACACUAGCACAGCAGAACGAUGAAGACUAAAGACAAAGCACAGUCAUACUCUGCACAACAGAUGUAGUCACGUAUACAGUUUUGAUACAGAAACUCGGAUGCUCUAAAUCGGAGAACUACAUUUGGAUUGUUUCCUGGCCCUAGCAUUUAAACUUUCUGAACAUAGUAUUUAAAAUAUUUUGCCAGUGUAUAUAAAUCUUUGGGGGGGUUAAAUGUGUGAUCGCAUCUCUGUAAUUUAAUUGUUGGCAUAUCCUGUAUAAAUCUGUAGAAUGAAUUUAACUCUACAUAAACUAAUCAUUUGAUUAUUUUCCAAUAAUAGCAGGCCUCUAAGUGUUUCUUCUUCACCAAAUUAACUUACCAAUGUCUGUAUUAAUUUAAGAAUGAUGUACAUUUUAUUCAUUUUGAGUUGCAUCUGAUGCUGUGGAAAAUCAGUGAUCAUCAUCUUUAUUUAUAUUGUGUGUGUGUGUGUGUGUGUGUGUGUGUGUGUUUAUUACUAUACCUAGAUUAUCUGGCACAUUUACCAUAUACGCCCCUGUAAAUUAGCUAUUAUUGUUGAUGUUAAAAAUAAUAAUAAAAAAUAAAAACAAAUCAACCAA